AAAAAUAUUUAGCCUAAAUUAAAACUAUAUUAUGCUUUUCAUAAUAAAAAAUAUUUAAACAUUUCUAACGAAUAAAUUUAAUUAAAAAUAAUUUUCUUAAUUUAGUUUUAACUUUUUAGCAACAGAAGGACAAUUUCGUUGUGACAUAUUCAUAGAAGAAUUACUAUUUACUGUCGCAGAAACGAUUGACGCUUCUUACGUACAGAUGAGACUUUAUACUAGAAAAAAUAUAAACUCUUACCAAAUUUUGAAUGAUUCCGAGAGCAUACUACAAUCAAAUUUUAAUCCUGAUUUACCAACGAUAAUCUUUAGUGAUGGAUGGAGUACAUCGCCGGAAAGUGAAGCUUGUCACAUGAUUAAAAAUAUUUAUUUGAUGACAAUGGAUUGCAAUUUAUUUAUCAUUGACUGGGAAGUUGGAUCGAAAAGGUUUUAUAUACCCCAAUCGAUACAGCAUUCUUAUGCAGCUGCUAAACAGGUUACUCAAUUCCUUUUCACGUUACAGAACGUAACAGGAAUAGAUUUUUCAUCCAUACAUAUGAUUGGAAUGAGUCUUGGAGCUCAUUUAGUUGGUUUUGUUGGGAAAGGAAUUGGCAACGAUACUAUUGGAAGAAUCACAGGUCUUGAUCCCGCCGGUCCGUGUUUCAUUGGUUUCCGAAACGAACACAGAUUACAUUAUACCGAUGCAAAAUUUGUUGAUGUAAUACUGGGAAACAUUGGCGGUUUUGGAAUUGACGCAGCAAUUGGAGAUGUAAAUUUUCGUCCAAAUGAUCAAAGAAUACAACCAGGAUGUACGGACAAACUUUUAAGAAAUGGAGAUAUAUUAUCACUGAUUCUCGAUAAAUGUAGCCAUGCCCGAGCUUUUCUGCUUUACUUUAACUCUAUGCUUUAUCCAUCUUGUCUUCCUGUUGGACAUUCCUGUUCUGAUUAUAAAAGCUUUGUAGAAGGGAAAUGUCACCAAUGUGGACCCGAUGGCUCCAAAUGCGCCAUAAUGGGCUACCAAGCAUCGAAAUCGAAUUGGUCCAGACGUAACAGUCCGGCCAUAUUUUAUCUCAAUACUACUUCAAACUUUAACUUUUGUUUAUUUCAUUAUCAUAUUGAAAUUGAAUUACGAAAUAUUUCAAACUUAUCGAGUCAUAAAAAUCAUGGAAGGAUGCUUUUGAAUAUAAUUGGUUCUAGACUUGAACAUCUCUUCGUACUUAGUCAAAGAUCGGAAAUUUUUGAACACGGAAGAAACUAUCAGUACUUAGUUACUACGUCAGAAGAUAUUGGAGAAAUUGUAGCAGGAAAGUUUCUUUGGUUUAGAACAGUUCACAAAAGCAAUAACCAACUAUUUAUAAACUGCAUUAAAAUCGUGCAUAUGAAUACUAUUGAAAGGCAGAAAAGAUAUCCUGUUUUAUUGAAGAAUAUGGAAGAAAAUAUUUAUUCCGGAAACUGGACGCCACUAAAAAUAGUUAGUGAUUGCUAAUCAUUAUGAAGUAAAUAAAUUUUUUGGCCUUUAUUUUUUUAAUUAUUCAGUAAAAUUAUGUAAACUGAAAUCACACGGUACGGAAUAUUUUUCAAGUUUGGUUUCCGUUUUCA